UCAAUAAUAAAAUAAAAAAAUUGUGUAACCCGAUGUCAAAAUUGACUCCAGUAUUUGAAGAACUUAGCAACCAAGACUGCUCUUACAUGUACGGUUCCAAAAGGUCAAGAGUGGGACAAGCAAGAGUUGAGGAGACUUUCACCUCAGAAGAAGAUUCAGAGAGCUCUAAACAGGAAGAUCUCAGUGAAGAAGGUUCUCAAGAGAGCCCUUCCAAGGACAUGUCUCAACAGCCUAGUCAAGAUGUCUCCCAGGAAGAUACUCAAGAAGAGAUAAAAGAAGUCAAGGAACACAAUUAUGUGACAGAGAAAAGAGUCAGAGGCAAGUUUAUAACAGAUCAGGAUAACUCUGACCCCAAAGAGACUAGCCUGACUAAGAAAUUCAUUGAGAAGCUCAAGACUAAUGAAUUUGCGAAGAAGGAUAAGUUCAGACUGCUUUCUUACCAAAAAUAACAUCGAUUCAAUAGAGAGGAUGCUUUCUAAGAAGAUGCAUUUACCAGCAACUGAGAGGCCUUAUUGUGAGAGUCUCCACAAGUACCUCUCCCUCCGCUGCGAGAAGGCUAUUGAGUGUCUAGAAAGGGUCAGGAAGUACUACAAGAGGCAAAAGCUCAUUUUUAAUCAAUAAUUCCA